AUGUCUGAUGCAGUCUGGAUCAGCAUAACAAAUGCAACUGGAAUGUUUGGAAUCACCUUUUCCUUAUUCUCUAAUUGCACCCUUUUGGCACUGAUCCUCUGUAAAGUCUCCCCGGUGAAAGGUCCCUACAAAAGUAUCUUAAUUUUCUUCUGCUGCUUCACUAUGUUUUAUUCGGCGGUCGAAAUGUUCCUCCGACCGAUUAUUCACAUUUACGACGAUACACUUUUUGUUAUGCAGAGAAAAUGGUUUCAAAUGUCAAAGUUUGCUUCUCAUCUCACCACAACCAUGUACUGUGGAUGUUAUGCCAUGAGUUUUGUACUAUUUGCUCUUCAAUUUCUGUAUCGAUACAUAGCUACUUGUAUGCCCCAACAAGUAGUAAAAUUUCAAGGAAUUCGGUUCUUCUUCUGGAUUUUCGGAGCAUUCUGCAUUGCAUUAAUGUUCUUGAACAUUGUCAACCAAUCAUAUGGAUUAGAUGCCAACUUUGUAGACUACGUUCCCUACAGAUAUUUUGAAAAUGAUGAGGGAACUCGAAAAGUGAUCAUGCUGAACAUCAUAGGGAUCAUACAGCAUGUUAUCAUAAUGUUGGUUUCGUUUGGGACACUAUUCUAUUGCGCUUUCAAGACAUAUUCAACUAUCAGUAAACAUAAAGGAAUGUCUAUAAAAACAAAAGAACUCCAGAUGCAACUUUUCAGAGCGUUGGCUGUUCAGGCUGCGAUCCCAAUGAUAUUUAUGUACGCCCCUCUCUUAUUCCUUUACGCUUGUCCACUUAUCAAUCUUCAACUCGGAGCUCUGGCCAAUUACCAGACCAUAAUGGGACAGUUAUAUCCGGGGGUGGAUCCCUUUGCUGUUUUGUUCCUUGUUAACGUCUAUCGACGCACACUACUCAAUAUAAUCUGUCUACGUACCACUUCAUUAAAAGAAUCAUCGAUUCAAGAGAACUCUCGUAAAUACGAAGCAGCUGUGUCUCCCAGGGGAGAUCCCCGUCGUCCAAAAAGUUCAACCGUCAGUCCAAGAUGUUGA